AUGGGCCAUAGGUGUGCCCUGGCCCUGGCUGUCGUCUCGGCCCUGCUCUGUCAGGUGUGGGGCUCGGGGGUGUUCGAGCUGAAGCUGCAGGAGUUCGUCAACAAGAAGGGGCUGCUGGGGAACCGCAACUGCUGCCGCGGGGCCGCGGCGCCGCCGUGCGCCUGCCGGACGUUCUUCCGCGUCUGCCUCAAGCACUACCAGGCCAGCGUGUCCCCCGAGCCGCCCUGCACCUACGGCAGCGCCGUCACGCCCGUGCUGGGCGUCGGCUCCUUCAGCCUGCCGGACGGCGCGGCCGACCCCGCCUUCAGCAACCCCAUCCGCUUCCCCUUCAGCUUCACCUGGCCGCUGUCCCCUUAUCUGCACACGCACUUUCUGGCCCUGUGCCUGCCAGGCUGUGACGAGCAGCACGGCUUCUGUGACAAGCCGGGCGAGUGCAACGGGGAAGCGCCAGGAAGGAGGAGGCCUGACCCCGGGCACCCCGCGUCCACGGACACCAAGUACCAGUCGGUGUUCGUCAUCUCCGAGGAGGACGAGUGUGUCGUGGCGACCGAGGUCAGUGCCGGCGGCUCGGGGCGGCCCGGGCCGCGGGGCCGGCCCUCACCUCUGUGCUGUGGCCCCCAGGUGUGA